AUGGUUCAGCCGGAGACGACGGAGAUGAACGGCAAUGGCGGCGGCAACCACCUCUUUCCCGACGGGGUCAAGCGACCCAAGACGAAGAUCGUGUGCACGCUUGGCCCGGCUUCUCGCUCCGUUCCCAUGGCUGAGAAGCUUCUUCGGGCCGGCAUGAACGUCGCCCGAUUCAAUUUCUCGCACGGAUCCCAUGACUACCACCAGGAAACGCUCGACAAUCUCCGCAAGGCCAUGGAAAACACCGGCAUACUCUGCGCAGUCAUGCUAGACACCAAGGGACCAGAAAUCCGAACUGGGUUCUUGAAAGAUGGCAAGCCUGUGCAACUGAAACAGGGCCAAGAGAUCACAAUAUCCACCGACUACAGCAUCAAGGGUGAUGAGAACAUGAUCUGCAUGAGCUACAAAAAGCUGGCUGAGGAUGUAAAGCCCGGAAGCGUGAUACUGUGUGCAGAUGGCACAAUCACUUUCACUGUUUUAUCUUGUGAUAAGGAGAAAGGCUUGGUACGGUGCCGUUGUGAGAACACUGCAGUUAUUGGUGAGCGAAAGAAUGUCAAUCUUCCUGGAGUUGUGGUCGACCUCCCAACUUUGACAGAUAAAGACAAGGAAGACAUUUUGAAGUGGGGGGUCCCUAACAAAAUCGACAUGAUUGCUCUUUCUUUUGUUCGCAAAGGCUCAGACUUGGUCGAGGUGCGCAAGUUGCUGGGUCCACAUGCUAAAAGCAUCCUUCUCAUGUCCAAGGUUGAGAACCAAGAAGGGGUGGCAAACUUCGAUGAGAUCCUUGCCAACUCGGAUGCCUUCAUGGUGGCCAGAGGAGACCUGGGCAUGGAAAUCCCGAUUGAGAAGAUAUUCCUGGCACAGAAGGUGAUGGUCUACAAAUGCAACAUCCAGGGCAAGCCAGUGGUGACGGCUACCCAGAUGCUGGAGUCGAUGAUCAAGUCCCCACGUCCCACGCGUGCUGAGGCCACUGACGUUGCCAAUGCUGUCCUCGACGGCACCGACUGCGUGAUGCUCAGUGGGGAGACGGCCGCUGGGGCUUACCCUGAGCAGGCCGUGCGCACCAUGGCCAAGAUCUGCAUGGAGGCCGAGAGCACCAUUGACUAUGGUGAUGUCUUCAAGCGUAUCAUGGCCAACGCUCCCGUCCCUAUGAGCCCGCUAGAGAGCCUGGCUUCAUCCGCCGUGCGCACUGCCAACUCGGCACGCGCAGCUCUCAUCCUGGUUUUGACGAGGGGCGGGAGCACGGCCAAGCUGGUUGCCAAGUACAGGCCAGGGAUGCCCAUACUCUCAGCGGUGGUCCCGGAGAUCAAGUCGGACUCGUUUGACUGGUCUUGCAGCGACGAGUCGCCAGCCAGGCAUAGCUUGAUAUUCAGGGGGUUGGUGCCGAUCCUGUGUGCGGGCUCUGCGCGAGCUUCACACGAGGAGUCCACGGAGGAAGCCCUGGAGUUUGCCCUUGAGCAUGCAAAGGCCAAGGGGCUGUGCAAGGUCGGGGAUGCUGUUGUGGCGCUUCAUAGGAUUGGGACCGCCUCCAUUAUCAAGAUCGUCAAUGUCAAGUGA